AUGGUCGAGACGUCAAGCCGAUCCGCCAUACCUACAGCACGGAUGCUCGAAAUGUGGGGAUACGAUGUUUUAUCAACGUCCAAGACGCACGGAGGACGAGAUCUUGAGAUUUCGACAGUUCCUGACUAUGUGAUGGACAUGAAGAACACUGCAUCAAGAACCAUUCGGCCACAUUGCGAAAACGAGGCCACUAUGCUAUGCUCUUCGAUCCUGUUAUGA